AUGCGGCCGCGGCGGGACGCGCUGGCGGCGUUGCUGGCGCUGCUGCCAUUGCUGGGCCCGGCGCGCGCCGUGGAGCCCAUCAGCCUGGGCCUGGCCCUCGCCGGCGCCGCCGCCUCCGCCCUCACGGGCAUCAUCUCCUACCCGAGCCUCUACUGCUACUUCCGCGAGUGCUGCCUGCAGCACCACGACCGCCGCGCCGCCGCCGGCCUGCAGGAGAGCCUGGACAGGAAGCUCUUCGGGCAGCACCUGGCGAGCAAGGUGAUCGUGAAGGCCGUCAAGGGCUUCCUCAACAACACCAACCCCAAGAAGCCCCUGGCCCUCUCCCUGCACGGCUGGACCGGCACGGGCAAGAACUUCGUCAGCAAGAUUGUUGCUGAAAGCAUUUACAAGCGAGGCCUCAAGAGCAAAUACGUGCACCAGUUCGUCGCCACGUUGCAUUUCCCUCAYGCGGACAGCGUCAACCUGUACAAGGACCAGCUGCAGUCGUGGAUUCGGGGAAAUGUGAGCCUGUGUCCCAGAUCGCUCUUCAUAUUUGAUGAAAUGGAUAAAAUGCAUGCRGGACUCAUCGACUCCAUCAAGCCCUUUCUGGACUACUACGAGCUGCUGAACGGCGUGUCUUACAGGAAAGCCAUGUUCAUAUUCCUCAGCAAUGCCGGAGCUGAAAAAAUAACAGAAGUGACACUAGAUUUUUGGAGAAAAGGAAAAAUGAGGGAAGAGAUACAGCUCACAGACAUGCAGAACGCGCUGUCUGUGUCUGUCUUCAAUAACAAGAACAGUGGUUUUUGGCACAGCACCUUGAUCGACAGAAACCUCAUCGACUACUUUGUUCCCUUCCUGCCCCUGGAAUACAAACACGUGAAAAUGUGCGUCAGGGUUGAGGUGGAAGCACGGGGCUACGCCGUGGAUGAGGACAUUUUAACCAGAAUAGCCGAUGAGAUGACCUACUUCCCCAGGGAAGAGAGGAUUUAUUCAGACAAGGGAUGUAAAACUGUGUAUGCCAAACUGGAUUAUUACUAUGACUUCUGAUGCUUUAUUGCUGCGAUCUGCCAAGAAGCCAAUUAAUUUAAUCACCAAGUGGAGAAACCGGGACAUUUCAUUUUUAAGCACUUUUUUUUUUAAAAGAAACAUUAUUUUUAACUGGUGUGUAAAUAAGUGGUAGUGCAUCUGCAUUUUUAUUCUGUCAGUAGUCACGGCUCCCUUUGAUCUUGUGCUGUCAAGGUAAGGAAUGAACUUUUAUGAAGGUGAGGACUUUAUCAGAACCAAACUUACCUCGGCUUGUGUGUUGAUUGCCAGAACUGCUUAGCAGAUCAUAGGCACGUGUGGUAGGACUGAGAUUAUGACCUGAUUUUAAUUGGGGUUUGGUUUGAUUUGCGAGAUCUCCAGGCAAUAUUUAAGAAACUUAAUCAGAGUCUUGGAAGGGCUUCACUGGGCUUGUGUGGGAAUAUUCUGAUAACCACGUUACGAGGUGGGGUGUGUGUGUUUACUAAUUGAAACAGCUUCGCUGCUCCAAAGGGAGGACUUUAACGAGAUUAAAUAGAGGAAGCGAGUCAAAGCCUGUGACUAGCACGUGCAGUUGGUUGCUGUUUUGGUUAUUUUCCUGUGUGAAAUUGUGCUCCCCUAGGAAUGAUUUUCUUGGGUAGGAAGGAAGGAAAGCUGCUGACUGCUGGGCUGGUUUCAUGGCCUGUCUGUAAGGCAAUGGGAGGCCCGUGCGUGGUAAAUGCAGCACCAGGGGGAAGGAAAAGAGCUUUCUCCCCUUCACCUAACAGUUAAACUGCAAGGUUUGCCUGCAGGGUUUCCCCUUUGGCCCRUGCUGGCAAUGCCGGGUGCCUUUGAGGCAGGUAUGAAGGCAGGUCCAAAGGCACUCGGGGGAAAAAAUGUGAAAUGCAUCAAAAAAGUCACUGCAAACAGACUGUCC